AUGGAAACUGGAUUCCAGAAAUAUCAUGAUAUGAAGCUGACACCAUUGAACAUACAGCUUACAGAUUUGUAUGAGAAAAUCAUCAAGGAUUUGAUCCCCCCUUGUCCUUUGCCAGCAGAUACACGUGAUAAACGUGAUAAAAGCAAAUACUGCAAGUUUCAUAAAGACUAUGGUCACAAGACUGAGAACUGUCGCGCUUUAAAGAUCGAGGUCCAGCAGAUGAUAGACGCUAGAAAGCUACACGAGUAUGUGAAGAAGGAUUUUGGAAAAGGCCCUGGACAGUUUGGCACAACACAUGUGAUUAACGUCAGUCACGCCAGGAUCCAUUUAAUGACCAGGCGGGCAUCAGAAGAUGAGAGCAGGAGAAAUCUCAGGAAGUUAAAAGAAUGGUACUUGAUAAAUUAUAUCGAUUUUGUUAGUGGAAAUGGAGCAGAAAUUUGGGAGCUUUGGUGCAAAAAUAUCGAGUUCUCUGAAGCAGACAUGAUAGGUGUAUAUGCUCCACACAAUGAUGCUAUCGUUAUAACUGCUUGGAUUGGCAUGUUUCGUGUACACCGGAUUCUAGUGGAUACAAGGAGCUCAGUGAGCGUGUUGUUUUCAGGAGAUUAUUCCUCUAUGAAUCUACCACACGACUUGAUCGAGGAGGAUGAAAAUCCAAUUAUCGGUUUCAGUGGCGAAGUUACAAAGGCGAUUGGAAAAGUGAAGAUACCUAUAACAGUGGAUGACAAGUCUGUUAUAGGCAAUUUCUUACUGCUUGACUGUAGAGCUCCCUACAAUGCAAUCGUAGGACGAGACUGGCUUCAUGAGAACCCUCUCCCUCCAGAAUCAUAUGUGGGAGAGGACGCAACUGAACCCCCAACAGUUGAGAAACUGAUCGAGGUCCAGAUUGGAGAUGAGAAGCACAAAACAACGUUCGUAGAGGCAUAUCUGCCUGCACAUGAACGUGAUGGUUUGGUUACAUUGCUAAGGGCAAACGCCGACGUUUUCGCAUGGAGUUUUGAUGAGAUGCCUGGGAUAGAUCCGAAUGUAUCCUGCCACAGGCUGAAUAUCGAUUAG